AUGUAUCCACAUCCUUCCAUUCUUCUCUUAACCCUUGCUGCAGUGCAGUGCAGCUUUUCAGUAUCAUGCAUGCGGACGUACGGAAAGGCUCCUUCCUUUGGCACUGUCAAGGCAGGUGCCCUAAGUUGUCUGCUCCUCUCUUCAGUGGCUGCAAUGUUGCCCCUCUUCUCCAUUGGGGAGUAUGGGGCGUCCCCUCUCUGUCUGCCCCACCUGCUUCCUGAUGGGAAACCUUCCAUGUUAGGUUUCAUGGUAGCUUUGGUGCUAAUGAAUACGCUUUGUUUUCUCAUUAUCACUGGGACGUACAUCCGCCUCUAUUGCAACCUGCUGAAAGGUGAAUUUGACUCUGUCUGGGACUGUGCUAUGAUCAAACACGUUGCUUGGCUCAUUUUCACCAACUGCCUUCUUUACUGCCCGGUGGCUUUUCUCACCUUCUCUUCCAUGCUUAGCCUCAUUCUCAUCACACCCGAAGUCAUCAAGUCUGUGCUUUUGGUGGUGCUACCCCUGCCAGCCUGCGUGAAUCCCUUGCUUUAUUUACUCUUUAACCCCCAUUUUAGAGAUGAUCUGCGCCUUUUAAAGCAGAAGAGUCAGGUCCAGGAAAGCUGUGCCCAGUCCUGUAUUUCUGACGAUACAGAGAAGAGCUCAUGCGACUCUACCCAAGCUCUUGUUCCUUUCUCCAAUAUGGAUCAUAUAUUUGAAGCACCAGAUCUCUUUAGAGUGCCUCCUAGGUGUUCCUCAGUUCUAGAUGCCUACAGCUUCUCUUCAGUGACUUUGAUCCCUUGCCAGCGAAAAGCAGGUGCCAGAGGACAUGUCAGUGGCUUCUCCACCCAACCUUCCUAUCUUGCCGAAGAUGAGCUGCUAAUUGCAUCAGAAGGCAGAGAACAGGCGAAGAGCAACCUUUGGAUUGCCUUGUUCCCUAAGCCACCUUCAGCAGCCUUCACAUCUCAUUUAUAAGAGCCAAUCCACAUUUGCUCAGUAAAUAAAUGAAUCGUACAAGAUCCUCUCCUGGAGCCACCACCAGCUUGAGCAAGUGGCUCUUCUGGGAGGAAUUUCUUCUUCUCAAAACAAGGUCAGCAAAAAUGGCAGCAAUUCCUCUGCACCCUAGCCUGCUGGGGUCUGCCUCCUCCUCUCUUGCUGCAGCAAUGUGAAACCUGAUAAGGAUAUACCUAGCUGCCUAAGAAAUUAAGGCACCCCAAAUAAAAGUUCAUAAUUAUUGUAUAUCUAUCUGUAGGUCCAAGAAAAAUAACAAACUCAGGAUAACAAGAACUCUGGCAAUUCUGCCCUUUUAGGAAUUAUACCAUUCUAUAGCUCUUAGUUUUUAUGAUAGGUGGAUUACUUUAGUCAAUAAAUAUCAACUAAAAAGGACUGAAUUGGGAAGAAACAUUAAUAAAACAAUGUGAUUUCAACUCUAUUCCCAUGUUUUUUAACUAAAAAGCAAUAUUUACAUAGCAAUGUCUCUGUUUCAUAACAAUCUUGUCAUUUUUUAGAAUUGUUGUCAAAAAAGCACAUGAAUCAUAAACAGAUUACCCAUUCAUAUUUAUUCAAUGCACAUGUAUCCACAUGUAGAGACAGGAAAAAUUUCCACAUAAUAAUAAUAAUACAAGGAGACAUAGCCACUUUAAUCAGUCAAAAACAAUCCUACAUGUAUUUAAAAGUGUUUAUUCAGAACCACUAGGAAUCAAACUGCAAUGAUAAAAUCAAAUAAAUAAAUGAUUCAACAAAUAAAGCAGUGAUGGUGCAGUGGUUGAAUGCAGUAUUGCAGGCUAACUCUGCCCACUGCCAGGAGUUCGAUACUGAUCGGUUGACUCAUCCUUCCAUCCUUCCAAGGUCAAUAAAAUGAGGAUCCAGAUUGUUAGGGGCAAUAUGCUGAUUCUGUAAGCUGCUGUAAAGAGUGCUAUAAAGCACUAUGAAGUGAUAUACGUAUAAGUCUGAAAGUUUGGUACUACCGGUAUUGCUAGUGCAGUGACCAUUCAUAAAAAAUUCAACUAGCCUGAGGUUUAAGCUUGAACAUAGUGCUAUAAAAAUUUGGUUUAGAAAAUUUAAUUUUUUAAUUGCUUUUUUUUCAGUGUAAGACUAGAAAAGUCAUACAGCUUGUCUUCCCAAAGAUAAAUCAUUCAUUAUGAGAGCAACAUAGGAUAAUCUAGACCUAGAUCCCAUUGUAUUCAAUCGAAGCAUCUAGAGGGUUUAUGUACAAAUAAUUUUGUCUAGCACUAUUGCUAAAUUCAUUCUUAGAAGGUACUUUAAAUGUUCUCAGGCACUUAAAAGCUACAGGUUGAUGGUAUAUCCCCAGAUUAACUACUCAUUCUUUUUUUCUAAGAAAGAUAGAUAUCAAUACUAAUUAAUAAUGUAGGUAGAAUAUAGGACGUGAGGUUUUUUUCAUGGAAUUCUUAUUAACAUUUUAGAGUUCUGAAGGGCUUUACAGACUAUAGUGGUAAGUCUGUUUUCAUAAAGGAGAGAAAACUGAAAAUAUGGAAGGUAAACUGGGGAAUGUUACAUACAGUCCUGGUGUUUUUUCCUUCUAUCUCCUCAAAACUGAUCUUAUUAAAAUAAUAAUCCUGGUUACUGCAGUUGUGAUGUUUUGUGAAGAAUCCUGGUUUCCACAAUUUCACUUUCAUAAAAGGAUAAAAAUGAAAACAGGCUGUUUGGCUGGGAAUUAUAUAGUACAGUCCCAAAUAUGAUUAUUUAGAAAACUGUCCCACUGAAUUCAGUGAAAUCCCUUUCUAGAGAAAAAUUAUUAACUGUUGCUUAAUAAUUACUGAUCUCCAAAAAUAGGCAAUAACACAAAUGUUAUUGUAUUGUAUAAUAUUCUCAACACACUAAACCCAGUUCAAAAUUUUGAAGUUUGGCUGAAUUACCAUCACAAUAGAAAAUGGUUAUAUUUAAUAAAUUUUGGCUACAAUUAUAUACACAUUAACCAAAUGGAUUUCUGUGUAGACAGAGUCCACAUCCUAAUUAUUUUUUGAAAUUUAUAUGUAUGUGUAGUCAACUUAUGACCACAAUUGAGCCUGGAAGUUUGGUUGUAAGUUGCAAUCAUUAGGUGGGUCUCCAUGUCACCUUGCUCAAUUUUAUGAUCAUUUUUACAACCAUAAAUUACUAUGGUUGUUAAGAGAAUCACAUGGUUGUUAAAUGUCUUUAAGCAAAUCCAGUGUAUCCAAAGGGUGUUUUUUGUCAUUUUCUACUAUAACAUCAGGUUCAGCCAGCAACCAAUGAAUCAAAAUUUGGUUCAUCUGAAAAACCAGACCCUGCAUUGAUGGGAAAACACUAGAGUAUUUUACACACGCGCACACACAUUUCUUGAGUCUUUUGUUAAUCGUUCAAUAUCUU